GAGUUUUGGUCAAGUUUUCCUUAUUAAACUCCGUUCGCCUCGCAUUUGGCUUCAACUGAGAAUGAGUGCCAGUCCGCGCCGUCAACAAAUAGACACCGAGACGCGGGAUUGCCGCGCUCUUCCCGCCGAUUGCCUCGCCGCCAUCAUCUCCCUCACCAGUCCUCUCGAUGCCUGUAGAUGGUCAGUAGUUUCCCCCUUUUUCAACUCUGUCGUCAGUUCCGACGCCGUUUGGGUUAAGUUCCUACCGUCCGACUACCAGAAUUUGGUUCCCGCAUCGCGAUCCACUUCUUCCUUGAAGGACCUUUAUCUCAGCCUCUGCGAUCAUCCUGUACUCAUUGAAGAUGGCAAAAAGAGCUUUUCACUGCACAAAAGGAGUGGGAAGAAAUGUUACAUGCUAGCUGCUAGGGACUUCGCAGUUAUAUGGGGUGAUAAUCCUCAUUAUUGGAGUUGGAACUCCAUACAAGAUUCCAGUGUUCGUUGGUUUGAAAUCAAUGGGAGUAUCAGUACUUGCAAGCUUUCUUCAAUGACACAUUAUAAGGCAUACCUUGUGUUCAAACUGGCAGCUAGAUUUUUUGGAUUUACAAAUGAACGCGUAGAAGCCACUGUUCGACUCAGUGGAACUGAAGGUUUGCAGCGAAGUGUGUUUCUGCAUGCAGAAGUUGAAGAUGUACAAAAUGAUUACCGGUACCCAUCAGUAGAGAGGGGAGAUGGUUGGCUAGAGCUAGAGUUGGGUGAAUACUUCAAUGAAGGAGGUGAAGAUGGCCAACUGGAAAUACGAAUUUUACAUUUCGAUGGUGGCUGGAAAAGUGGUGUCAUUAUUGAAGGCAUCGAAAUCAGGCCAAAUUAGCAGGACAUGAUAAGAUCUUCUUCCACCUUGUGUAUUUUGUGUGGGAAAACAUUGCUCCUCGUGUUAAAUUGGGAUUGUCAUGCACUAGUCUUCAUAAAUAUAUGAGUUCUACUGUUAUCCAGAUGCGGUCUGUGAAUCUUUAUUUGAACAAUGUAUACUAAUCUGUAAGGUUAAUUACUAGUUUUGAUUCGAUUUAAGGAAAAGCACCUUUAGGACUUAUUAAGUCCCUAAGAAAGAGCAUUUCAAGAA